UUUUCUUUUGGUUUUUGGCAAAAGGUAGCGCUCUGAUAUGACUGAGUGUAAAAACUUGACAGAUUGUUUAAUAAAUAAUAAUUCUGAUACACUUUAAAACUGUCCACUUUCCAACCUAGUAAGUGGCCACGUGUUUAUGCGGUUUCUGGGUGCCAAACACAGGCGUCAUCGGGACAGCUGGGAGAGAAAUUAUCGACCAAUUUGUUUUUAAUCAGUGCUACUAACCCCCGAGGUGCGUGCCUGUCACGAGGGGGCGUGCCUCAUUAAUAUUAAACAGCGCUGCGCUCUCGCUCUGGGAGGUGUGACGUCACGUGAGCGGCCCGUGUUCGUUCCAGCUGAGAGAAAAGCUCUGAGGGCUCAGCUCAAAGUGUGCGGUAACACACAUGCAGAGAGAACUGAACAGAAGGGGUGACCACAAGGGGAACAAGCGAUUGAGCGACUGAAUGGAAAAAAACGUCAACAUUCCACCAAUCGCACUACGCAGCAGACUCCGCAACACUUUCUUCGAAGAGUUGAGCGCGCGUUCACGUUAUCGUUUGCACUAUUGGAUUUCUUUAAUCUCCGAGAUUUUUCCAUUCAGCGUUGUUUUUUAGUUUUUUUUUUCUGCGUUGGUCUUGGACAUAACAUCGCUAUUUUUGACAUUCGACUGUAUUUAUAAAAGUUCCAGCAGAAGAUAAGCUGUCAACAUUUUCUGGAAUUACUGGGAAUGUAUAUUUUUAUCCACUCGGCCAAUCUUCAAUCAAAUGCAAGCAGAAUGGCUCUCUUUGUUUAAAACCUUAUUUUCAAAUAAAGUAUUGAAUCAACCAAACAUCUAUCGGUCAAGGGAGCUCAACCCGGCUGACGGUGGAUGAUGGCCAGGCCGCUUUCACAGCUCCUUCCCCCGGACCUUCCCUCUGCCGGAGCCAGUCCACAGUUUGGCAACAGUAGCCAAGCGGGAGGCUCACUUAACGGAGGACACUUAAACUCCACUGCAAACUUAAAGUCGCUCCUGCAGCUGCCAGUGAAGGGCGACCAGCGCGUCAAAGACUCUAGUGAAAUGAAGGGUAAGGACAGGUUGGACAUUGAUGAAGACUCUCUCGGUCGUUGUCCUCUGCGCAAUGGCUGCAGCAAUGGACUAGUCGCUGACAGCAACGGCGCAGGCACGGGCAGCUUUUCUAACAGCAACAACAGUUCCUUCCUGGGCCCGUUGCUAUGGGAACGAACAUUGCCAUGCGAUGGCGGGCUGUUCCAGUUGCAGUACAUGGACCUCGAGGAGUUUCUGACCGAGAACGGGAUGAGCAGCAUGCACAGUACCUCCAACUCCACCUCGGCUCAGAUACCCUCGCAAAGCUCUCAGUCUGCCGUCCCCAACCAGGGCUCCCAGUGUCUCCCCACCUCGCCUCCACACUGCUCCUCAUCCUCCUCACCGACAUCCACCACCGCCUCGUCCUCGCCCUCUCUGCUCGGGCUGGACAUGCACACGCCGCAAAGCAUGCUGGGAGCCGCAGACUGCUUGCAUGGCACUCCGCCAGGCAGCUUGGAGCCAACGCCCUCACCUUCCUCCACCACAUGUCCACCACUACCUACUCCACCCAUCGCUAACUGCAACAACAUGUUGGCGCCCUUUGACCCUGAUCCUGCGGAUGUUGCCCUGUCGAGUGUGCCUGGACAGGAGGCGUUUGACCCCCGCCGGCAUCGGUUCAGUGAGGAAGAGCUCAAACCUCAGCCCAUGAUUAAAAAGGCUCGCAAGAUGCUUGUCCCUAAUGACCUGAAGGAUGAUAAGUAUUGGAGUCGUCGUUGUAAGAACAACGAAGCUGCAAAGCGUUCUCGUGAUGCUCGUCGACUGAAAGAGAACCAGAUCUCGGUGCGCGCCGCCUUCCUUGAGCGUGAGAACGCUGCACUCAGACAGGAAGUAUCCGACAUGCGCAAAGAGCUCGGCCGGUGCCGUAACAUCCUGAACAAAUAUGAGAGCCAUCACGUGGAUCAAUAAGGAGAAAGUGUUAUGAGAUGAUGGAUGGAAUGGAGAAUGCGAUGAAUAUGAUGGCUGAAAGACAGACGAAAGUGCAUCAAAUAUAUGGAAUGAUGUAUGGAGACCGCACAAGAGCCUGAGUUUUUAACUGGAGUGAGAGAGCAUGUCACCUCUCUUAUGAUUUUUUUUUUUUUCCUUCAGUAGGUACCAUGGCAAGAUUUUAAUUAUGGAGAGAAUUGUAUAUUUUUAUAUGAUAGAAAUAUGCUUAAUGGGGAAAGGAAAUUUUUGAAAAUAAUUUUUGUAUAUUUUCUAUAUCUUUUGGAGGGCUGUAAAGUAGUGGCAGAGGGAACUGGUUGAGGUAUCACUGUAAUGUAAAAUCAGGUUCAUUUGGUAUUUUUGAAGUGAACUUUUGAUCUUGUGAAGGAAAAAAUGAGGGGCAGAAUUAAGCCUAGGAAAGAACCUUAGAAAAUAACUUUCUAGAGAAAUUCAGCUGUAAAAUACUAAGAUAAAAAUAUGCAUUUAAGUUUGUAUAGAAAUGUUAAUAUAGAUUUAUUCAAGCACUUAAGUUGUGAUAAACCUGUGGUGACCAACAACAACCACUGAUGAGGGGAAUGACAGGUGCAUCUCAACUCUUUGGGGAGGAACCUUGUUUAUCAGUCUAUUCUCAAAGGAAAACUGAACAUGUAAUGAUGGUAAGAAGACAGUGAAGAAAGACAUGCAUUAAUUAUCACAUUUUAUCUGCAUUUUUUGUUUAUUUCAUUUAAUGGUGAACUCCGUAGGAUUCUUUUCUUCUUAAAGUUGGUAUCUCUUGUCUACAACGUACUCAUCUUUUUAUAGGAAUCUGACUCACAGUUGCAAACAAAAAAGCAGCUUUUUAGCAGCAGCAUACAUCCACAACUUACAGAGGCUGUUCUUGCUGUGCAAAAACACAAUUUGGACCUCUAUGGAUUGAAUAUAUGGGACAUGACUCUCAUCUGAUUGUACAGAAAGAUUCCUUGCAUUGGAAACUGCAUUUCAAAACAGGUUGACCGCUUUUGAACCUGUAUAUGCACGCACUUUUAUUGGGACAAUAUUGAAUUUUUACAACCUGAUUAGAGGUGUCAGUACAAAUGUUUCGAAAUCUAUUAGUUUCGUGGUUCCUUGUUAUUUCUCCAGUCAUGUUUGUUUCUUUACUUAAUGACCAUUAAAGUCACUUCACUUAUUAUGAAUUAUUAUUGAUCUGAUCAUUAUUACUAUUGUUGUUAAUACUACAAAUGAAUUAUUUUUGUUGUUUCGUUUCCUUGAUAUUGUCUAUUUUAAUAUAAAUCUCCUCUCAGCUGUAGAGAUUUUGUCACUUCCUGUUUGUUAAAGCAUUCAUUGUCAACACCAGCUUUAGAAGAAGUGUUACUGUGACAGCCAGGUCAAUUUAUGUGUCAGAGGAAUGCUGGGGAAGAAACUGGUGCCCUUGGUGAUCACAAACUUUGCUUCUCUGAAAUAAAAUUUUCUCUCUUUUUUCUGUACACUAGCAUUAUAAAGAACCAUCAUACCAUUUGUGCUGUCUUUCUCUUUUUUGCAUGUAGGUGUUUAAAGCUAACUGCCUUUUUUGCCCAGUAAUUUGCCUCCUCCUUAACCAUAUACUUUUGCAAAUGGAUUUUUGGUAAUGUAGUCCCUACAUUUCUGCUCUUCCACAUGUGGAUGAUUAUGAACAGGUUGUGUUGUGACUCUUGUUUUUUUUUUUUGUUUUUUUUUAUGUACAAAUGCCCUAAUGCAUCAGUGUUCACACUGCACCUAGCCAAAGUAAUGCAGGGGAAUGUAGUCUUUUUCUCCAAGACCACAAAUAAACUAUUGUUCUUACUCACUAAA